AUCUAGGCGCGAACCAGCGUACCCCCUCGUCCCGGGGUGCGCCUGCGCAGGGCAUGGGAGGCGUGAACUCUCGAGUGGAAACUUCCUUGUUGCUCACGGCAGAGUGCAGGGAUGCAGUGACCUGUGAGGAUGUGCAUGUGAACUUCACUCAUGACGAGUGGGCACUGCUGGAUCCUUCCCAGAAGAGUCUCUACAAAGAUGUGAUGCUGGAGACAUACUGGAACCUCACUUCCAUAGGCUACAAAUGGGAAGACCAUAAUAUUGAAGAACAUUGUCAGAGGUCCAGAAGAAAUGGAAGGUAA